AUGGAGCUAAAACGUGGUAUGGAUACAUUGGGGAUUCCAGCAUUUGGAAGAAAAUUUCCCCAGUUGUUGUACCUUCUCAGGCCAUCAGCCAUUGCCAAGUUAUCAGUUCGCAGGCUUCUAUUUCUGCUGAAACCAGCAUUUUCUGAGGAAGGGUCCAACGCUCUGUCUCGUGAGAAAGCUGUGUAUACAAAAUUUGUAAAAUACACAAGGGAGGUGUCCAGUGGCCGAAGGGUUGUUACUCUGGAAAACAUUCUAGAAUUUGCCACUGGAGCUAGUGAAGAACCACCCCUUGGUUUUACAAGAUCCCCCAACAUCCAGUUCAUAGAAGUUGACAACAAAGAGUUGACUACAACAGAAAAUGAGGUAAGCAUUUUAUUAUUUGUAUUUUCACCAUUUAGUUGUCAUAUUGUUAUACUAAAUUGCUAUUUUACAAUUAACCAAAUAUUCACCGAAGGCGAGGUGAUUACAAGCCUAUAUUCACUGAGCUGCGAAGUGAAUAUAGUCUUGUGAUCACCAAGCCUGAGGUGACUAAUUGUUUUAGUAUAAAUUCAGUAUUGAAACAUAAUAAUAUAUACAGACGUUUAGAAAUAAGAUUUACUUCACCUUUAAUUUCUUCAAUUCUUUCUUCCAUGAUUUGUUUGCAAACUGUGCAUUUUCGACAGCCAUUUUGUUUUGAAAGCAAUAGUUUACUGCUCAGAGCAGUCUGAGCAGCAAUCAGAAUGCUUGAAAGCCAUUUUUCAAUACUGAAUUUAUACUAAUAACAUUUAGCAUUUCCCAAUCAAGCAGGGUACUGAUUCAAAUUGAUAUUACAAAGCAUCCAUGUAUUGUUGGGAAGGAUGAUCACAGAUCAUUUACAUUGCUGUAUUUUCAAACAUACUGUACCAUAGAGGUAAAAUGCUUUGCAGUCUCAAUUGCAACCAGGAUCCUUUAAUCAAUCUCAAUACAUUACAUUGUUAGUAAAAUAAUCUAAUGUAUUAGAGGCAAAUUCAAGAUUCCCUACUAUAGAAUUCCCUGCUCAAUUGGAAAAAUUCUGAUACCAUAGAGACACAAGGUCAUAUGAAUAUUAUAGGAAGAUUUCUUGGCAGGUACAACAGGCUUGUAUAUGGCAGAGAAGGGCUCAUGAUCUGAUGUUUUUUUCUGUAUUCAACAAACUAAUAUAUCUAAUUAACCAGGAAGAAUAGUUGGGGAUAAUGUGUGGAUUCUACAGUAGGUCUCCAAGGUAGUCCCAAACUUGCAAGUAGAAACAUGGCUUUAAUUAACAGCUUUUGAUCCUAUAUAGACCUUUAACACCCACAUUUGAAUUUAUGGUUUAAAGAAUAUAUGAAUGUUCUUUGCUUUAUAGAGCAACCAAGUGUCAGAAGAAGUACAGCAACUUAAUGAAAAGAAGAAAAUGUGGUAUUUCACACCAACAGCCCAUACAUGUCCAAACACAUUGCAAUUGCCAACAGAAAGCAUGGUUCUUCCUCUUUCCUCUGAAGAAGACCUGUUCCAAUUGUAUGAUAUGGCAUUCAAGAGCACUCACUUUGGUAUUAGAUAG